AUAACUGCUGAAGGGGAGGAGGAGUCCCCUCUGGAGUGGACGACUGUGAUCAAAAGGAUGAAACCAUCUCCAGAAAACCUCAAUACCAUCAAAUUGGGCAUGGAGAAAACAUACAGUAAUCGCAGGUAAUGGGUCGCAAACAAGUCCCCAACAGUGAAAGAGAUUUUUGAACAAUAUCCUUGAUUUGUAGACAUGCCAUACUUGCUUGACACUGAGUUUGGAAAAAUGUUUCCUGGGAAGGCUGAUCAAUUUCUUCGAAAAUGGGAAGGAAAUAUUGUUCCAAAAUUGCAAAAGAUGUCCACAGUGAAAAAUCCUCUGGUCAUGCCAACUGAUAAUGAGAGUGAAGAUUCAUGUUACAGAGCUCUUCAAAUUCUUAUUACAUUGCUGCCACCCACUGCGUCAGGAAGGAGCAAAGGGUGGGCCAAAUGCAGUACAAAGUCGGCCCUUGCUUAUCUCUUGGCCAUUAAGCCGCCUGGAACCAGCAUCUCCAGCCUCCUGGAUAAUUACCAGACAAUGGUGGAAAGCCAUCAACCCCACAUUGUCUGUUUAGGAGCCCCAAGUUCUACAGCGCAAUACAUCAUUGUGGCCGAGAAUGACAAAGUCUCCAUUCCACUUGAGGAUAACAGUCUGACGUGUGCCAUCGACAAGCUGUUUAAAAUGUAUUGGGUUUGCAAUGUAGAAUAUCCUGUCCAACUCACAUCUGUCUUUAAUUUCUUUGAAAAUGUGUAUGACAUUCUUUUCUCUGGUGGGAAGAGAUCUAAAGCUGUGGAGCUUAUUUCAAAGCUUCAAGCACUUUCCUAAAUUGUACUGCUAUGUACAUGUCUGAAGUGCAAAAAAUCUACUUCAAAAGACAUCCGGAAACUUUUAAGUCAUCUUAGGCAUGUCCAUGCACUUUCUGAUGGACAGGAUUAUACAACUGUUUGUAGCCAAAACAACUGUCAACGAACAUACCAUAACUUCAAUUCUUAUGCAAAACAUCUCAUUAGAGAGCAUGCUCAAGCUGCAAACCCAGUACAUUUAGAACAAGACUCCAGUAAUUGCAGCACUUCUGACUACCAAAGCUGUGCAGCAGAUGGUUCAUGCAAAAAUGUACUCCUCUUCAAAUUGUACCCUGACCGACACAUGCACAAAUAACUGCUCUGUGAAACCCUGGACUGUUUGCAAGAGAGAACCACAUUUCUGCUUAAUCGUUACUCUAUACCCAAUGAUGAAUUGCAGACUUUGAUGAAAGAUUUUGAAAGGGGCUGAAAUAUGUUUGAGGAAGUUGAUACCCCCUACAAAAUCACCCCCUACAAGUAUUUUGCUGAAAACCACUCUUUUAUCAAGCCAACAGAAAUCUUCCUUGGAAACAGAGGUGACACUGCAAGAAAGCAAGGUAAAUGAACUCAAGUGUUAAUAGCAGAUACAUGUCAAUACAUAUCUAUUAUUGAUACCCUGAAGUUUCUUUUUGAAAAUUAACAAAUGCA